CCCCCCGUCCUUCUCUCUCUAGGAACGCUGCAAAAACAUUUUUUCGUUAUAAGGGAAGAGGCCCCUCUCUCCCCUUCCCCACAGGAGCGAACCACUCCACACUUAUCUUCCAAGUCACUCCUCCCCUCUCUCUCUGCUUAUUCUGCGCCCCCCCCCCCCCUCCCGCCGCCUCACCCGCGGACGAUGUCUCCGGCGUCGUCGUCGACGUCGAGCGCCGCCUUCCUCCUCAUCAGAAUCUCUCGCUACCGGCGGCACUGAAAACGACCCGACAAAACGAACCCGAAACUAAACCGAGGAUCGAGUCCGGCCCCCAACGGUCGGGGAUUGAAAUUUGGAUUCGCCUCGCGAGCUCCGCAGAUGGAGGGACCCAAGAGCCAGUCCUCGGCGGUGCUCACCAGAUCGAAGUCGUCGCUCCUCCGCUCCUCCUCCACCGUCCGCUCCUCCAUCCACAGCCUUUCCUCCGUCGCCGAGGACGACCUGCUGCCUUCUUACCACCAGAGCCAGCCGCAGCGCGAUCCGGUCGAGGAAGAGAAGGCCAGGAGGCGCGCCCCACGCCGGUCCGGCCCGACCGGGUCGAGCCGGUUCCGGCCGGCCCUCGCCGUGGCCUCCCUCGCCUUCUCCACCGUCUUCUUCGUCUGCUUGUUCAGUUCCAGGAGGGACGCGGCCCCGAGCACGACCGCCUCCGAGAACCUCCUCCUGGCCCUCAUCUUCGUCGCCGUCGCGCUCUUCUUCGUCUCCAGGAACAAGCCCCUGAUCGAGCGCAACCUCUCGACGAUUAAGCACCUGUACAGCCUCAACGCCAAGAGGCUAGGGUUCUCGCGGGGCAACGCGAGAGGGGGCGUGCAGUGGUUCAUCGGCAGCGACUCCAGCGCGGCCGACGCCAAGGCCGCGAUCAGGGAGAAGAAGAAGAUUAUCCGCGAGGGAGUGGAGUUCUACAGCAAUGGGGAUUACUACGAGGGCGAGUUCCACAAGGGGAGGUGCAAUGGGAGUGGCGUGUACAAUUACAUCGCGAACGGGCGAUACGAAGGGGAUUGGAUCGACGGCAAGUACGACGGGUACGGGAUUGAGAGCUGGGCUCGCGGUAGCAGGUACCGCGGGCAGUAUCGGAACGGGCUGAGGCACGGGUUGGGCGUGUAUAGGUUUUACACGGGGGAUUCGUAUGCCGGAGAGUGGUGGAAUGGGCAGAGCCAUGGGGUUGGGGUGCAGAGCUGUGCUGAUGGGAGCUGCUAUGUUGGGGAAUUCAAGUGUGGGGUCAAGCAUGGACUCGGGUGUUAUUAUUUCAGGAAUGGAGACAGAUUCGCUGGAGAAUAUUUUGGCGAUAAAAUUCAUGGGUUCGGUGUCUACCAUUUUGCCAAUGGCCAUUGCUACGAGGGUUCUUGGCAUGAAGGUUCGAAGCAAGGCUAUGGAAUGUACACUUUCCGAAACGGCGAUUCAAAAUGUGGUGAAUGGCACUCUGGUUCCCUCAAGACCCCUUUACCCCAACUGACCGACGCAGUUCUUCGAGCAAUUCAGGCUGCCAGAAAAGCAGCUGAAAAUGCAAUUCACCUUCGCCGAGUAGACGAACAGGUGAACAAGGCCGUCUUGGCCGCGAGUAGAGCUGGGACUGCUGCUAGAGUUGCCGCCGUGAAAGCUGUCCAGAAUCGGAUGGACGGCAAGUUUUGUGACAUAGAAGCUUGACUAAGAGUGGCUUUUUUAGGCUUUGGCUGAAAGUGUAUAUUUCACUAAUCUUUAUGAUCACGGAAGAGUCGUCGCCCCGGUGAGCACAAGCUUCUCGGAGGUUGAGAUCUCCUCUUUUCUUUUGAUCACGCAGAAUGUAACUUGUACAUAAGCGAUGUGUAUCAAUGAAAUGAGGAAACUUCUUUUUUUUUUCCC